AUGGGACUCUUUGGUGGCAAUAUUGAUGACAGUGACGUUGAAAAGUUCAACGAGAAAAUUUUAGAUAAUGAGCUAUCGAAGCAACUAGACCGGUUGGAUGAUACAAUAUGUGACAUUUGGAAUGAUGCUUGGCAAGAUCCCAGUAAAUUCUUUGAGGACCUGGUUCAGCAUACUACUGGCAGGUUUAUGAAGGAUAAAAUCAUUGAUGAUAUGUUAUUAAAUGCGACAGAUAGGCUAGGUGGACUAUUAACAGGAAUGGGAUUACCUGGUGGCUUCGGCCAUCCAUUCAAAAUUCGGGAUAUGUUGAAGGAUAAUGAUAAUAUUGAGACCCUUCAAAAUUAUAAAACGCCAACAGAUACUCAAUUCGUGCAAUGCAAAGAGGUAGAUGGCUUGUCUGUGUGGGAUACAAAAGGUUGGUGGAGGUGUUUAUUCCCAGAUGCUAUUGUCAGGGAUAGAGCAUCUGCUACACAAGGUUUGUCAAGUAUAUUAACUAAAGAAAUGGUACAGAAUGAUAAGCAGCAUAAGUAUGGCUUAUUUUUCUCGGAUUACUCAGGUUUCUUGUCUUGGAGAUCACAUAUGAUAAAGUUGGCGAAAGAAAAGCAACAGCAGAAAGAACAACAACAAAGGUCCCUUUGGCCAGGUUCGAGUACCCCAGAGGACAUGCUCACCUUGGCUGAUCCGGAGAAUGCUCUUACUAGAGAUAAAAAGAACAAAGUUGUUGGAAGCUCCAGUUACACUACUUUUAACACAACGGAAAAUGGCCACGAACAAAUAACGGAGCUUAAAACUUAUUAUGACGAUGGCUCGGUCUCACUUAAGUCGGAAAAAAACGUUUUCCCCUCAGAUGGAUCUAAACCAACUUCAGAGAUAAUGGAAAAAGUCAUGGAUAAACGUGAUUCCAAGCUGGACGGUUGGUUCUGGAAGAAGUAG